AUGGCGGAAAUGACCUAUCGCAGUUGGUCUCCUGAACCCCCAGCCAAGGGAGACCCAAACGGGCCAAAAAGCAAGUCAUCCCAGUUUCAAAGUGACAAGAAUCGAAAGGCCAUAUGGCGACUUCUGGGGAACGGGUUUAACAUUAACGAUGGGGGAAUGGAUGUCCAAGCAGCCUUGCACUGGGCCGCAGAGCAAAAUGAUGUUGUCGCGAUUCAAAUCUUAUUCAGCCUGGGCGCAAGCGCAACUGGGACAGCCCUCCGCUACGCAGCCAGUGGAUGGCGCUGUGCCUCCGCGGUUCAGCUCUUAAUUGAUCACGGAGCAGAUAUUGGAGCCCGGGAUGAGCCGCAUGGUCGGACAGCCUUGCAUUUGGCCGCCCUCAUGUCCGUCGCAGAUCACGUUCGUGUGCUCCUCGACAACGGAGCCAAGGUGAACACCCGGUCAGGAAGAGACGAGACAGCCUUGACUCUUGCCGCUUUCGCCGGCAAAGCAGCUACAGUGAAGCUCCUUUUGGGGCGGGGGGCUGACGUCUCUUGUGCUGACAGAUCCGGGUGGACUGCUCUCUCGCACGCCUGCGAUGGCCAGGACAAGCAGGAGGUCGUGCAACUUCUCCUAGGGGCAGGCGCAGACAUAAAUAUUCGAGAUAAGGACGGGUGCACACCUCUUUCUCGUGCCGCGCAAUGCCGGUCAUCUAUAAAAACAAUCGAGUUGUUGAUAGCCACGGGUGCGGCCGUGAUAACUCAAGAUAACUAUGGGAACACUCCACUGGCUCUGGCUGCUCGCCUCGGGGAUGUUGAUACUGUUCGGUGCCUCGUUGAGAGAGCGCCUACGUCCCUGCGCAUGACCAAUAACGCUGGUAAAACGCCACUGGCCCUGGCUGCGGAGUACGCGCAGAUUGAUGUACUUUGGCUUUUAUUCGAGCUGGAGAAUAAAGAUGGCGGCGCUGAUCUCGAGCAACUGGAUGCUAAUGGCGACAGCUUGUUAGCGGUGGCAGCUGCGCAUGCCCAGACCGAAGUAAUCAACGCUCUCCUCAGCAUGGGAGCAAAUUUGAAUUCCGUCAAUGUCAAGGGACGUAGUCCACUGGCUUUGGCAGCCCAGCAAGGGUACGCUUACGCGGUGGAAAUGUUGAUAGAGGCGGGAAGUAAUGUGGAGGCCGAGGAUAAUGAUGGCUAUACUCCUAUCGCUUUGGCCGCGAUGGAAGGAUGCGUCGAUGCGGUCCAAACGCUUCUCGAUGCUAGUGCGAAGACAAAUCUCCGAUGCCAGAACGGGCUAACAGUCCUGGACUUAGCCAGGGCGCACAAUCAGCAACAGAUUGUCCACCUUCUUGCCCUGGAGCAAUGGAAGCAGACGCUGCUGGACCAAGCGCGAAGGGCGCCAUCCCAUAUCGCUUCCAAUUCGCCCCAUUCACAGCAAUUAGCUUGCCCUCGAAGCACUAGAGUGUUAACGUUGCACGCAGGUGGCUUCGAAGAUCCAAUUUGCUGUUCCCUGGACGUUAUCAACUACACAUCCCGGCAUUCCCAAUACGAAGCCCUGUCCUACCUCUGGGGCUGUGACAGCCCCAGCUGUGACAUCUGGAUUUCGGGACAGAGAGUCCUUGUUCGGGAAAAUUUAUCCUGGGCCCUGCGUUACCUGCGCGAUGAGAAAAGCCCUCGGGUACUAUGGGUGGACGCGAUCUGUAUUGACCAAGAAAAUAUCGCGGAGAAGAGCAUGCAGGUCCAAAAUAUGACGGAAAUUUACAGAUCUGCAUCGAGUGUCCUGAUUUGGCUUGGCCAGGGAGACGACCUGGGACAUGCUUUCUCCCUUGUCGAGUAUCUCACCUGGAAGAAAGAGAGAGCUCUUCGUACCGGCUCCUACCACGAUUUGUGGGAUCAAUCAACUCGACCGCUUGCCUCCCUUCUAGACCAUCCGUACUUUAACCGGGUUUGGAUCUAUCAGGAGAUUGUCUGUUCCAAUAAUGCCACCGUGUACAGUGGGACCUUCAACUUAGGCUCUCCAGAAAUGUACUCCAUUCCUUGGGACACUAUAGCCAAGUUCUAUCAUCUGGUUGGGGAAAGGGAGCUUAAGUCGGAAACUUGCUGUCUCUUCUUGAAGUUCAGAGGGACAGCCAAACAACCUUGCCCGUUGACAAAGUCUACUCCGUCCUUAACAGCAGUCGAAGCUUUUACGCAUGUAGCUAGGGUCCUGAUUGAGUCACGGCGUGACCUGCGAGCCUUGAGCGCCGUUCAGCACUCUGCCGAAGAAUCCUGCCUUCCAUCAUGGGUCCCCGAUUGGCGUAGAUCCUGGGAACAACGACCUAUCCUGUUUGGAACCUCGGAGCGUGCAGACCCCUUGACCUUCUCGGGUGCUGGCGCAGAACGGAGGCGGCGGCUGCAGGCAUCCGAGUUCACGGCAAUGGAUGCCAACUACGGAUCGAUUGAGAAAGCCCAGAGAAGCUUUGAUGCAGUGGGUGGUCGUCCUGUAUCCCUUGAGCCGUCCGAGAAUCCGACAGAGCUGGGGUUGAAGGGAAGACGCGUCUCGACGAUUAAGACUCUGGUCGAGUUCGACGACGAUGUAGCAGUCCCGGAUGAUUGCCUCGAGACCCCUAUUAUGUCAUUCUUCUUACGCGACUUGAGCGCCUCCUGGCAGUCGCCGUACCCUGGCAGCAAGGAGGAGACCUAUUGGGACGCUCUCUCCCAAACAAUAAUUGCCGACCAGAAUGAAGAUCUCGCUGACUUUGAGGAGCUCCGUUUCCCGGAACCCGAAUCCAGAUUUGAGGAAGGCUUCGUGGAGCUUUUGCACUACAGGCAGCGAUGGGUCAACGAAAACCGGACCCGUCGACUUUUCCUCACGGAAGAUCAGAGGGUUGGACUUGGGCCCGCGCACGCACGACCCGGAGACGAGAUAUGUAUUCUCUUUGGUGGUCAUGUUCCAUAUAUCGUCCGAGGCUCGGGGCGUUCGCGAUUUAUCGGCGAAUGCUAUUUACACGGUGCGAUGAAUGGUGAAACGCUGGACAAUGGAGAUGACCAGGACGAUAAAGUAUACAUAUUGCAUUAA